CUUAAAACUGCUUUAUAUUCGUAACUCGCUUUUCUACUACAUUCUGACUAUUUUCCAUUCGAUUGACCACUGCCUUUCCAUGAUUCCAUCUCUUCUUUAAUCCAUCCUACGGAUUUGUGUCGAUCUGCUUGUGAAUGUCAUCCUUCCACUUUGAGCCAUAUAUCAGAUCAUUAACAGGCUACAGGGAGGGCCGCAAAGCAGCAGCACAUUCAUGGGGCUGCCAGGCAGUGACAGACAUUCUCAGCACAAAGGCUGGAUUCACUGUUUAUGCAGGUUGGCUGGGAAAAUCCAACUUUUAUACAGACAUCUGCAGACGCCAUUAGGUCACUAAAACUCACCAAAUUCAGGGACAUCCAGGCUCACCUCUGGUCUCCCUCUCUCUUCCCUUUGUUUCAUAAUUCCUUCUAUU